CGACUGCGCUGGAUGGUGCUGGACGAGGUGGACACCCUGAUGGACGACUCCUUCGCGGGGAUGCUGGAGGAGAUCCUGGCACACGCGCCCCUGGCCGCGGGUGCACCCGGGCCGGCUGGCCCUGGGGAAGAGAGGACCCAGGUGGUGGUGGUCGGAGCCACAUUCCCCACGGGGCUGAGCCAGACGCUGGGGAAGUUCACCGAUGUGGGCCAGUUUGUCACCCUCGCCACCCAGAGCCUGCACCACCUGCCACCCCAUGUCCAGCAGAAGUUUGUCCGCAUCAAAGGCCAGGACAAGCUGCCCGAACUGCUGCAGCUCCUCAAGGAGCACCCAGCGUCCAGUGGGUCUAUUCUUAUCUUCUGCAAAAGUGCCAGCACUGUCAACUGGCUGGGCUAUAUCCUGGAUGACCACAAAAUCAAGCACCUGAGGUUGCAGGGACAGAUGUCAGCAGCUGCUAGAGCUGGCAUCUUUGCCUCGUUCCAGAAGGGUGAUGUGUCUGUCCUUGUCUGCACUGACCUUGCCUCGCGGGGCCUGGACACCAGCAGUGUGCAGCUAGUGGUCAACUAUGACUUCCCAGACACCCUGCAGGACUACCUGCACCGUGUGGGGCGAGUUGGACGGGUUGGAAGCAAGACACCUGGAGCUGUGGUUAGUUUUGUCACCCAUCGGUGGGAUGUGGACCUGGUACGAAAAAUAGAGACUGCAGCCCGGAAAAGGACAGGUCUCCCAGGCAUGGACUCCUCGAUUAAUAAGUCACCUGUCAAGGGUUGA